UUUACUGUAUACGUAUACAGAACGAUUAUUGCGUUGAAUAAAAUCAAACGCAUUUUAUUAGAGAAAGCGUGAAAUUAUGGCCUGAAUUAUUAAUUAAUUAUUUUUCUGAUUAUUUUGCUUUCUAAAAAUUUUUUGCAACUGUACAUCGAAACUAAGGAUUAUCAUUGAAAAAUAUGACAAACUGAAAUCUGGUAAGUUACCUUUAAGGAAUUACCAAGGCGAAUGAAUAUAAAGAAGCGGAAAUUGGAAGAUGGCAUUGCAAGAUUUGGAAGAUACCUAAUGCAAGGAUGGAAAAGAUAUACUCUAGAGCAACAAUGAUGUCAUCAACGAAAAUGAUCGAAAAACUGAAACAAGGCAUCCACAGCUUGGACAAAAGCGUGGAACCCAAACCGGUGGAUUCAGACGAUGAGCCCCUGCCCUACGUUAUGGAUUAUCUCACACCUGCGCUGAUCGAAGAGGCCAGGACGCAGCUCAACGAAACCGAUGAAAUUCGCCCAAUAGCUUUGGAGGAGUUAAAAAAACUCAUCAAACAGGACAAGAAGCUAGUGUCCAUCAUGGACGAUAAUUUUCUCUUGGCUUUUCUUCGGGCUCGAAAAUUCAAUGUUAAGAAGGCCUUCAAGUUGCUCCAAAACUACUGGCAAUUCAGGAAAGAAUACAGAUACAUCUACGACUGCAGUGACUUCGAUUCGGUGAAGGAAGUGAUCCUCAAACCCGUCAUGGGGGCGUUGACACACAGAGACAGGAAAGGUUGUCUGGUGCUUGUUUUCAAAGUAGGACUCUGGGAUCCCGAAGUCGAUGUAUACGAACAAGUGUUCCGGGCUGUGACAGGUGUUCUCGUCCAUUCUAUCACCUAUCCGGCGACACAGGUGUGUGGCUAUCGAAUGAUUUUUGACCUUAGAGGACUCUCCUGGAAGCAGCUGAAAAUGUGCACCCCCAGCAAUAUUCUGCUCAUGGUGCGAUCCUCUCAGUACUGUUUUCCUGGAAGAUACAAGGGUUUUCAUAUCAUAUCUGAAAGUAAAUUGUUCAACAUUGUUUGGACCAUUGCAAGUCCGUUUCUGACACAGAAACUUAAAACUAGAGUAAUGUUCCACGGUACUGACACUUCGCCACUUCUUGACUACAUACACCCUUCCGUUCUGCCAGUGGAAUUUGGAGGCCAAGCAGAACCUUUUGAGAACACCAAAUGGAAGGACCUCGUGGACGAUAGCACCGAAAUGGUGGCGAGACAUCUGCAUUAUGGGUACCAAGCUUGAUAAAUGCAUACCGUGUAAAAAUAUGGGCAUCACCAACAUGCUCAAUGGGACGGAUAAGAUAUUUUUGAAGAAUCAGUUUGAACUUUCUCCCAUUAAAAGACAGACCUGAAUAAUUUUCUGUUAAUUCCCGAAUUACUCAAAAUGAGUCGAAUGGAAACGGUGAAUAUUUACAGUUGUUUGUGUAUAAAGACGUUGAAUAAGUCUUGUUUAUAUUUUAGUAUCAGAAGUGAUUACUAAUUUUUUUAAUAUUUGAAGUGUGUUUGAAAAUAUUUAGUUAGAUUUAAUAAAAAAAUGUGGUUUUCUUGUA